CAACUUCCAGCAACGAAGUUUGGAAGAUGAAUCUGUAUAUAAUUACAGGUUUGCUAAUAUUAACUUGGAGAACCUCAUCCCUGGAAAUCAGCCCAAAUGAGACGGAAAUAGUGCUCAAUCUUGACAGCACCUUUACUCUGAGCUGUUCGGACACUGAGAAGAUAGUCUGGAAGCACGAUGAACAGUUUGUUUCCUCCAGUCUGGAAUACAAAGAUGGCCUGUACACCAGUAUCCUGACCCUUCGUAAUGUAAACGGUAUAAACACAGGGCUCUACUCAUGUCUGUACAAUGAGUCAACUAGCCAAGGAGAUGAAGGUGACAUGAAAUCUGUCUACAUCUUUGUACCAGAUCCUGAAAUGUGGUUUCUGCCAAUCAAGGAACAUGGGGAGUUCUUGAUUGUUCUAAUAAACAGCAAAAAUACAAUUCCUUGCCGAGUGACUUACCCUAACGCCACAGUAACUCUUCAUGAGAAGGAGGCAGAUAUUGAAAUCCCUUACCCAUAUGACAACAAGAAAGGUUUCACCGGAUAUUUCGAAGACCGAAACUAUUAUUGUAAAGCGUCUCUUGAUGAGAAGGAAGUUUCAUCCAGUUCGUUUCAUAUCUAUAGUUUGCAAGUUUCAAACAUCAACAUGGAUGUUACCCCCGUACAAAGCAUAGUGAGGAUAGGGAACAAUAUCACCAUUAUAUGCACAGUUACCGAUAAUGAAAUUUUGAAUUUUACCUGGGAGUAUCCAGGUAGGAAGGCAGGAAGACCUGCUAUUGUGGGGCACUCAAUUAUACCUGGUACUUCUGUAAAUUCUGUCUUGAAUAUACUAGACGCCAAUGAAGAGGACUCAGGAACCUAUACUUGCACAGUGGAGGAAGUUUAUACUGGGGACUUUGAAAUGAAGAAUGUCAACAUUACUGUCGUUGAAAAGGGAUAUGUGAAGAUGCACAUGGAAGGCACUUUACAGCCCACUAACCUACAUCAAAGCACCUCCGUUGUGGUAUCCAUUGAGGCUUACCCCAAACCCACAAUCGAGUGGCUAAAAGGUGACCAUCUCCUGCCUGGAAAUAAUAACAGCCUUGUGAACAUUGUGACUGAAAAAUCUGCUGAGAACACGUAUGUUACUACACUGUCACUUGUGAGAGUCAAAGAAAAAGAUGGAGGCUCUUACACGCUGAAAGUUUACAAUGAAGAUGAUUAUGGAGAGAUGACAUUUGACCUUCAGAUAAAUGUGCCAGUUGAAAUAAAGGAAAUGAUUGACAGCCAUCCUAUAGGUGGCGGACAGAUAGUGACAUGUGUUGGCAAAGGGAUGCCAAGGCCAGAGAUCACUUGGUACAUCUGUACUGAGAUAAAAAGGUGCAGCAGUAAGGGGUGGAGCCAGUGGGAGCCUCUACACAACACAACCGCACACAUUAAGUAUGAUAUGAACAUCAGUUAUUCACAACCAGAAGAGUUUGGAACCUACCGUGUCAAGAGCAUUCUCCAUGUCCGCGGUAUUGCAGAUUCUCUCUCUUUGCGCUGCCUUGGCGACAAUGAUCUUGGAAUGAGCCACCAUCGUGACGUCACCCUAGUGCCUCAUAAUUUGCCUUUCAAAGUUGUGUUCAUAUCAGCUAUUGUGGGACUGAUCGUCUUGGCUGUUAUAUUCCUUAUAAUACUUAUCGUUCUGUGGAAAAAGAAACCUCGCUAUGAAAUACGAUGGAAAGUCAUUGAGUCGGUCAGCUCUGAUGGCCAUGAGUACAUCUAUGUGGACCCUCUGCAACUUCCAUAUGACUCCAGCUGGGAGAUUUCAAGAGACAAAUUAGUUUUAGGUCGUACCCUUGGUUCUGGCGCAUUUGGUAGAGUUGUUGAAGCUACAGCUCAUGGAUUAGGCCACGCUCAGUCCACCACAAAAGUAGCUGUGAAGAUGCUGAAAUCCACUGCCAGAAGCAGUGAGAAGCAGGCUCUCAUGUCUGAACUGAAGAUCAUGAGUCAUCUGGGUCCACACCUAAAUAUUGUCAACUUGUUAGCUGCAUGUACCAAAGGAGGACCUACUUACAUAGUGACAGAAUACUGCAGGUUCGGAGACCUGGUGGAUUAUUUACACAGAAACAAGCACACCUUCUUGCAGUACUAUGCUGACAAAAGUAGGAAAGAGAAUGAGGAGUACAGUAACACUUCCACAGGAGAGAGGAUGUCAAGCCACUUUUCAAUCCCGGUAGACAGUGAUGGAGGCUACAUGGACAUGAGCAAAGAUGAUAUCUACUACGUGCCUAUGCUGGACCUCAAAGAAGACAUUAAAUAUGCAGAGAUUGAGCCAUCUGGUUAUGGAACCACAUAUGAGCUGGAAAGUUACUCCACUUCUGGUCAGACCAAUUAUAACACCUUGAUAAAUGAAUCUCCAAUCCUCAGUUAUACCGAUUUAAUUGGAUUUAGCUACCAAGUCGCUAACGGGAUGGAAUUUCUUGCUUCAAAGAAUUGUGUUCAUCGCGAUUUGGCUGCAAGAAAUGUUCUGAUCUGUGAGGGGAAACUGGUGAAGAUCUGUGAUUUUGGACUAGCCAGAGACAUCGUCAGAGACUCCAACUAUAUUUCCAAAGGCAACACUUUCCUUCCUCUGAAAUGGAUGGCACCAGAGAGUAUAUUCAACAACCUGUACACAACUCUUAGUGAUGUGUGGUCUUUUGGAAUCCUUCUUUGGGAAAUUUUCACUUUAGGUGGAACACCCUACCCGGAGCUGCCUAUGAAUGAGCAGUUUUACAAUGCUAUAAAGAGAGGCUAUCGGAUGUCAAGACCUUCUUAUGCUUCAGAGGAAAUAUAUGAAAUUAUGCAGAAAUGCUGGGAUGAGAAAUUUGAGAAAAGACCAUCCUUCAAUACCCUAGUGAAUAUGACUGGGAAUCUUUUAGUUGAAGGCUACAAACAGAGAUACAAACAAGUGAAUGAAGAAUUUUUAAGAAGUGAUCAUCCUGCUGUGGUUCGUGUCAGACCCAGAAUGGCGAAAAUAAAUAACGGUGGAGAAAGCAUUACAAAUAUUUCAUAUUCAGCCGUGCAACCAAAUGACAAUGACUAUAUUAUUCCUCUGCCUGAUCCCAAGCCUGAAGAGUCUGAUAAUAUGCUCAAUGAGAAUUCAGAGAGUCGUCCAAGUUCUACUCUGCAAGAAGGGAAUACAUCAUCUACAAUCUCCUGCGACAGUCCUCUGAGACAGCCAGAACAAGAUGUGGAGAGUGAUCUUCAGCAAGCUGAGCAACCUCAUGAGGAAGAGGAAAGUUUCCUGUAGCAAAUUAAAAAUAACAAGACUUGGCAAUGACCAUCAGCUGCAAUUAAGUUUUUAUGCAUCAAGGUACAAGAAAAUGUUAUCUUCUGAUUAUUCCAACUUUUCACCACAAAGAUGACCAGGUCCAUCACCUGGAGUUGAUGACCAAAGAAAUGAACAAACUCUACAAUCUUAGCACACUUUACUGGCCCACUUUAAUCUUUAAGGAUGUUAACUCCAACUAUAUAGCCUUUUUUAAAGGUAUUGUGGUCAAACCAUUGGAUGGCAAAGCCACAGAUGCCAAAUCAGUAUUACAAACGUUGAUCUUACUUUCCAAGUGUAACACUAUAAAGAAAUGUGCAAUAUAACAGAUUAUUUUGAGCAUUUAUUUUAAUGAAGCAUUGAAUGGCAUGUUACUGAAAACAUCACCUUAAGGAGAAACUGUCAGAAGCAUAAAGUACAGAUAUCUGGCAAGCAUAAGUGGCCAUGUGCAUCAUUCCACCACUUAUUUCUUUCUGCUGAUUUCACUGCCAAGAUGACUAAUGCACUUCUAGAAUUGAAGGAACUGGUGACAUCUCUAACUAUGAUUGAUGGAAGCACAAGGAACAUCAUUCUCUAACUUCCCAACUGUCCCAGAAGGAAUGUGACUUGGUUCAAUGGAUGUAGUUUAAUAAAAUAUGGCCAGUUUGGAGCUGUAGUAGGACAUAGGAAACAUGUCCACAUUAU